CGAGAAAGCAAAGGUGCCUGGACUAAAUACAUCCUCCUGAAUCAUACCCUCCAUCUGGGUUCCCUAGAAAAAGCUGGAUGUGUAAAAGGAACAUUUACAGCUGAUGCAGCUUUUCCACAGCUGAGGUAUCCAUUUGACUCACGACCAGGGCACAUUGGAAUGGCUAUGAAUGUCUCUAUGAACCUCAAAACCUCCAGUUGUAAAGAUGAAAUUAUAUGGAGUGUCCUACUUGAAACGUUGUCAUAGUGUGGAAUAGAUCAUCCUUAGCUUCCACAUCUGAUAUUCCUCAAAAGUAGGGAAAAAUGUGCUGAGAUGGAAAAGAAAUCAAGUAGAUUUCCAUGGAGGCAUUUUUAAAGGCAUCUUCUUAGAAGGACAAUGUAAUGGCUGACCGCUCUGCUUUGGAGUUUGCAUAAAGAAUCGUUUCCCUUGGGAGGUGUUGGAUGGUCUCUGCUUCCUGGAGCCUCGCUCUUGCUGGAAUCCAGUUCCAGGAUUAAGGGAGGGCCGCACUCUUGCAAUGGGCUGCCAAGAAAACCACUAGGUUUGUUCUUAACAUUGGGCUCUGUCUCUGACCCAUCUGAGAGGCUUCCUAGCAAGUGUAUCGCCUCUCCUGGGUCUUUUGCUCCCUUGAAAGCCCUCUCUCUUCACGGGCUUUCUUCACAGCUUUGUUUGCUUGGAGUUGUGUCCCAUAGACACCUGCGAAUGUGGAAGUGAACAAUGUCGAGACCCAAGAGACUGUUAUGGCUUCCGUUGUUCUGCACCCCGGUCUGCGUCAUGUUGAACUCCAAUGUUCUGCUGUGGAUAACUGCUCUUGCCAUUAAGUUCACGCUCAUUGACAGCCAGGCACAGUAUCCAGUUGUCAACACAAAUUAUGGCAAAAUCCGGGGCCUAAGAACACCAUUGCCCAAUGAGAUUUUGGGUCCAGUGGAGCAAUACUUGGGAGUCCCUUAUGCCUCGCCUCCCACUGGAGAGAGACGGUUUCAGCCCCCAGAACCCCCAUCCUCGUGGACUGGGGUUCGAAAUGCCACCCAGUUUGCUGCCGUGUGCCCCCAACACCUGGAUGAGAGGUCUCUAUUGCAUGACAUGCUGCCCAUAUGGUUUACUGCUAAUUUGGAUACUUUAAUGACCUAUGUGCAAGAUCAAAAUGAAGACUGCCUUUACUUAAACAUCUAUGUGCCCACAGAGGAUGACAUCCAUGAUCAGAACAGUAAGAAGCCAGUUAUGGUCUAUAUCCACGGCGGAUCUUACAUGGAGGGUACCGGCAAUAUGAUCGACGGCAGCAUUCUGGCAAGCUACGGGAACGUCAUCGUGAUAACAAUUAACUACCGGCUGGGGAUUUUAGGGUUUUUGAGUACCGGUGACCAGGCAGCUAAGGGCAACUAUGGGCUCCUGGAUCAAAUCCAAGCGCUACGGUGGAUCGAGGAGAACGUUGGCGCCUUUGGUGGGGAUCCCAAGAGGGUGACCAUCUUCGGCUCAGGCGCGGGAGCCUCUUGUGUCAGUCUCUUGACCUUGUCCCACUAUUCAGAAGGUCUAUUCCAGAAGGCGAUCAUCCAGAGCGGGACUGCCCUGUCCAGCUGGGCAGUGAACUACCAGCCUGCCAAGUACACUCGGAUAUUGGCAGAUAAAGUCGGCUGCAACAUGCUGGAUACCACAGACAUGGUGGAAUGCCUUCGGAAUAAGAACUAUAAAGAGCUCAUUCAGCAGACCAUCACCCCAGCUACAUACCACAUUUCCUUUGGCCCUGUCAUUGAUGGGGAUGUCAUCCCAGACGACCCUCAGAUCCUGAUGGAGCAGGGGGAAUUCCUUAAUUAUGACAUCAUGCUUGGUGUCAACCAGGGGGAAGGCUUGAAGUUUGUUGACGGCAUUGUAGACAAUGAAGAUGGCGUGACGCCCAAUGACUUUGACUUCUCUGUGUCCAACUUUGUGGACAACCUUUAUGGCUAUCCAGAGGGGAAAGACACCUUGCGGGAGACCAUCAAAUUCAUGUACACAGACUGGGCAGAUAAGGAAAACCCUGAAACUCGACGGAAAACUCUGGUAGCUCUCUUUACUGAUCACCAGUGGGUGGCCCCCGCUGUGGCCACAGCUGACCUGCACGCUCAGUAUGGGUCGCCAACGUAUUUCUAUGCCUUCUACCACCACUGCCAAAGCGAAAUGAAGCCCAGCUGGGCAGACUCAGCCCAUGGCGACGAAGUACCCUAUGUCUUUGGGAUCCCCAUGAUUGGCCCUACUGAACUUUUCAGCUGUAACUUCUCUAAGAAUGAUGUUAUGCUCAGUGCAGUGGUCAUGACGUACUGGACAAAUUUCGCCAAAACCGGUGACCCUAAUCAGCCAGUUCCUCAGGAUACCAAGUUCAUUCACACAAAACCCAAUCGCUUUGAGGAAGUGGCCUGGUCCAAGUAUAACCCCAAAGACCAGCUAUAUCUGCAUAUUGGCCUGAAACCCAGAGUGAGGGAUCACUAUCGAGCUACAAAAGUGGCUUUCUGGUUGGAACUUGUCCCUCACUUGCACAACUUGAAUGAGAUAUUCCAGUAUGUUUCAACAACCACAAAGGUCCCUCCUCCUGACAUGACCUCCUUUCCCUAUGGAACCCGGCGAUCUCCUGCCAAGAUAUGGCCAACAACCAAACGCCCAGCAAUCACUCCUGCUAACAAUCCCAAACACUCCAAGGACCCUCAUAAAACAGGGCCUGAGGACACAACCGUCCUCAUUGAAACCAAACGGGAUUAUUCCACUGAAUUAAGUGUCACCAUCGCCGUAGGGGCUUCCUUACUCUUCCUGAACAUUUUGGCAUUUGCUGCGCUGUACUACAAGAAGGACAAGAGACGCCAUGAGACGCACAGGCGCCCCAGUCCUCAGAGAAAUACAACGAAUGACAUUGCUCACAUCCAGAAUGAAGAGAUCAUGUCACUGCAGAUGAAACAGCUGGAGCACGAUCAUGAGUGUGAAUCCCUCCAAGCUCAUGACACACUGAGGCUCACCUGUCCACCAGACUACACUCUCACGCUGCGCAGGUCCCCAGAUGACAUCCCACUUAUGACACCAAACACCAUCACCAUGAUUCCAAACACACUGACGGGGAUGCAGCCUUUGCACACCUUCAAUACCUUCAGUGGAGGACAAAACAGUACAAAUUUACCCCACGGACAUUCAACCACUAGAGUAUAGCUUUGCCGUUUCCCUUCCUUCCCUCUGCUCCUCCUCUCAGCAACAUUGAAGAGAGAAAGAAGAGAGAAGCAACAUCUUUACACAAGGAAUGUUUUCCAUCCCACUGACUUAGGACAAAAAAGUUAAAGAGUCAUCAUUGUGUCCCUGCAGACCCAUCCCAUUGGCAUUUCCCAGUAUGACAACAUCAACUUCUGACCCUAUGAAAUGUGAAAAGUAUACAUUGCUGUUAUAAUACUGCUUUAAGAUCUCCACCACUCCAACAAAUGUUUAGUGUGACUAGGACAUCACCUUUUCAAGGACCUGGAUGUUUCCUGUUUCCAACAUAACAAUAGAAGCUGACACUUCUGGAACUCAGCCAGGGACAAAAUUUUUUUUUUAAAUUAUGAUUGGAAAAAAAAAGUUCUUUAUGUGCCAUAUGAUGGAUGGCUCUACUUGAGUGAAGAAAGAGUUUAUGGGCUUUUACCCAGCAUAUGGAGCUGUAAUCUAGAGAGAAGGAAAAGUAGAAUUUUAUUAUUAAAAUAAAAGAACUGACUAUGCAGUAACAUACGUAUAGUUCUGUGCAAAGAGAUGUUUUGCCAGCCUGAACUAUAUUUAAGAAACUUUGUAAAAAAAAAAUGUAUAUAGCUGUGAGUUUAAACAAAAACACACACAGAAAACAAACAAAAAAUGAACAAAAAAGCUUUUAUUGGUGUUUUCAGUUUGAAAGAGCUAAUUUUAGCAAGAUUGUGCUUUCCAUUGUGGUCUGUAUGUAUAUAAAUAUAUAUAUAUACAUUAGUCCUAUCACCUCUGUUUCCUCCAGGACAAAGGAGGGUUUUCUUCUUAAUUACUUGUGGUAAAUGAAGACACGGGGUUUUCUAACACAUUUCAUUUGUAGGAAGAUGUGGUGUCACACAGCAGACCCAGACCCUCUGUGUGACUGGGCUCUUUCCCCUUUUCUGGUUGCACAAGUGCAUGCGACAGCAUUUUUAGGAGACUGUUGUUUUAGGAAACUUUCAUUUUUGUGUGUUAAGCCUUCAUGAAGUUGCAACACAAAGAUGGAUCCCCAACGUGGAGUCUCUUUAAAGCUUUCUGAAUUAGAGACACGCACAUGCAGAGAGACAGCAGGAAAAACAAAAUACAAAUCUCAUUCUGUAGUCCUGGUUCUCUGAAUAUGUUUAGGAAGAGUUGCUUCCCACCCCAGGACCCUGCCAAAAAGGAAAGAAAGCUUGCCUUUGGUGGGGCCAUGCCCUGCCGAGUAAAUACGGCUCUGUGUUCCCCAGCAGCUGCGGAAGAGUUUGGCUGGUGAAGUACCUGCUCAGCUUAGCUAAUCAGAUUGAAGGAGGCCAUGUGUCUUUCCUUUUUUUUUGAAGCAGUAAAUCCCUUAUUUAUCAGUAAGCAGGUUUUUUUUUAUUCUUUAUAUCAUUUAUGGGAUAAAACAUAUGCUUGUCUAAAAAUACUGCUUUUUGUGGGUUUGUGUGUAUCAGUCACCGAUCAAUGAAUAUUAUAGAAAGAAAACAAAAAAGACAGAACAUUAAAGUGCUUUGCAUGGAUUUUCCUGGAAGUUAGGUUAGCUUCACUGUCAGGAUUACAUAUGGAAAUUAUUCACUUAUUUUAAAUUGACAACUUGGUGACCACAUAUUUGUCCCUCCGACAACUUGUCAUCUUCACACUGUCCUUUCAAUUUACCUUAAGGAAUGUUUUGAACGUCAUAAAAUGGAAGGAAAAAAUAAUAACUGAUUAUAUUUGCCUUUUAAAAAUUAUUGCAACACCAGGAAAUAGUAGCCAAGGAUAUUUGAAGAUAAUGUCUCUGGGCUUGAUUGUGGUUAUUCUAGAAACCCAGUCUUGAAAGUCAUUGCUAAGUUGGGCAUUCUCCACAAAGGUAGUCCAACUUCCUUGCCCCAUCACACACCUUUGAAUACAGAACCCCUGAACUAAAACUGUAGCGAUAGAUAUCAGAGUGUUUGAAAAUGCCCUCUAGAACAAGACAGGUCUUAGAAAUGCAUAUAAAAGUCACACAAUAAAUUCUGUUCUUUAUCUUGAUUUGAAUUUGAGAGUGAUUCUCUGUAUAUACAUAUGUGAAAUAUAAUCCCAACUUUGCACACAGUGAAGCAACACUCCUUUCUUGCAGCUAGAGGUGUCAUGGAUAAGAUUUUUGUCCCCCAUUCAUCAUUUUCUAAAGCUAUCGUCGGGCCAUUUCUGCAAGCUAUGUAUUACCCCAGCUGGGCUAUGGCAAAUAAGCUCUCCAUGAAACCACAAAGGAAGUGAUGCUUGGCAUCAAUGUUGGUCCAGUAUGUUUGUAAUGUGAAUUCCAGUAUUUGUUUAGUAUUUCCAAUUGUCUUCUGCUAGCAAUAUGCACAGUAAUGUAUCAGGCUUGUGAUAUUUGGAUAAGGAAAAAAAAAAGAGUUCUUGUUAAGUGAAUAACUUUAGCUUUUACAGAGGAUUAUGUUCAAAAGCAAUUUAAUACACCUUAAAUAAUAUCUUAUUUCUACAUGGAAAGAAGUUAUAGAAUCUUCAUAGAGUUCUAUGAGAAUAAAAUAUACUUGCUAUCUAUAAAAAAGAGAAAAAAUAGAAAAAAAUGAGAAAAAAAUAAGUUAAAAAAAACACUUUCCUAGGCUUUUAUUCUUGACCUUCAAAGGCACGCAGGGUUUAAUGGUUUCUUGGGUUAUUAUUUUGCGAUUUUGUUUUUGAUUUUGCCUUAAGUAAUGAUAGAAGAUAUAUAUGGCUGGACACAUAUGUAU